AUGGGGCCACGAGUGCAGCUGGCAGAGUUGGGCCCUGAGCAUGCCGUGGCUCCUACUCUGUGCCCCUUGGGUGCUGGAGGUGUUAAGACUGAAGUAGAAAUUGGAAAUACUUUCAUAAAGAGGAAAUUUACAUGCCACUUAUGUGAUAGAAGUUUCACAGAGAAGUGGGCCUUGAACAACCACAUGAAACUCCACACAGGAGAAAAGCCAUUUAAGUGCACCUGGCCCACAUGCCACUACUCCUUCCUCACGGCCUCAGCAAUGAAAGACCACUACAGGACGCACACAGGCGAGAAGUCGUUUCUCUGUGACCUCUGUGGCUUUGCAGGAGGGACGCGGCACGCCCUCACCAAGCACCGCCGGCAGCACACAGGAGAAAAGCCUUUCAAAUGUGACGAGUGUAACUUCGCCUCCACAACCCAGUCGCACUUGACUCGUCACAAGCGUGUGCACACUGGAGAGAAGCCCUACAGGUGCCCCUGGUGUGACUACAGGUCAAACUGUGCUGAGAAUAUCCGCAAACACAUUUUGCACACCGGCAAACAUGAAGGUGUCAAGAUGUACAACUGCCCAAAAUGUGACUAUGGGACGAACGUCCCUGUGGAGUUCCGAAACCACCUGAAGGAGCAGCAUCCUGACAUUGAGAACCCCGACCUCGCGUACUUGCAUGCUGGCAUUGUGUCCAAGUCCUACGAGUGCCGCCUGAAAGGACAAGGAGCCACCUUUGUGGAGACAGACAGCCCAUUCACCGCAGCCACCCUGGCCGAGGACUCGCCUGUCAAGGAGAAGUCGCUGAGGAGCAGCCCACGGCCGGUGCCGGCCCCCGAGCAGGUGCAGGAGGUCAUCAUCAUCCAGGGCUAUGAUGGGGAAUUUGCCCUGGAUGCCUCGGUGGAGGAGACGGCUGCAGCCACACUGCAGACCCUGGCGAUGGCUGGCCAAGUGGCCAGAGUGGUCCACAUCACAGAGCACGGCCAGGUCAUUGCCACAAGUCAGAAUGGCCCACAUGUGGGCAGUGUGGUGCCUGGGCCCAUCCUCCCCGAGCAGCUGGCGGACGGAGCCACCCAGGUGGUUGUCGUGGGGGGCUCUGUGGACAGUCCCAGUGUGGACGAGGCCCUGAGUCCAGGUGGCGCUGUGCUGCAGCAGGUUACCAAGCAGGAGAUCUUGAGCCUGUCUGAGGCCGGAGGCCCUCCGUCUGACAACCCCUCAGCCUUAGACGCACUGCUGUGUGCUGUCACUGAGCUGGGAGAGGUGGAGAGCAGAGCGGCGCAUGAGGAGAAGGGCAGGCCCGGCCACAAGGAUGUGCUGAUCCAGCUGCCCAGCCAGGAAGCAGCCCGCGUCCAUGCCAGGACAGAGGCCACCGAGUCACAGUUGCCCCAAGACGCUCAGGAGAGCCGGGCAGCCAUGGAAGUCCUGACCCACGUCGUCCGUCCUUCAGCCAUCAUCACGUCUCAGGAGCGAGCCCAGGUGGCCUUCAAGAAGAUGGUUCAGGGAGUGCUCCAGUUUGCUGUCUGUGACACGGCCGCAGCCAGCCAGCUGAUGAAGGACGGUGUUACCCAGGUCAUUGUGAAUGAGGAGGGCGCUGUCCACAUGGUGGCGGGAGAAGGCUCCCAGUUCAUCAUGCAGGAGGCUGAGACUCAUGGCCUGAGGGUGCCUGCUGAGCACAUGGACCUGGUCGAGUCAGAAGGGGAGAUCUCACAGAUCAUUGUAACAGAGGAGUUGGUCCAGGCCAUGGUGGGUGGAUCCAACAGCAGCUUCCCGGAGGGCGCCACUCACUACAUUGUCACAGAGCUGCCUCCAGGCGGACAGGAGGGUGCGGGGGUUUACUCCCACACCGUGGUGGAGGCAGCGAGCUCUCCAGAGAUCCUGCAGGCCGGGGCUGCCCUGGGCGCCCAGGCUGUGGGCAGCAGUGGCACAGAACAGCUAACGAGCAUGCUCAUCUAUACCCAGGAUGGCCCCCCAGCAGCCACAGUGAUCCAGGGCCAAAGAGAAAACGGUGAGCGCCAGGAAGCAUGAGGCGGGCCUCCAUGCUGGGCACCGGGCAGUGUGCAAGGUCCACUUGGGUCAGCUCAGAGGCCACUGAGCUGUGCUUGCCACAUUUAUGUCAGAGCUGUGCUGAACAGGCCCUUCAGGGCUGACAUCGGCUGCUGGAAGGAACCAGAAUGGGGGCAGGAGCAAAGCCCACACGUAGGUUGCCCAGCAACCUAAGAAGAGUGGUUGGGCAGGAUAAACAUGUGCCAUAGAGCUGGUCCCCGGGCCCGCUGCGUGGCCUUGCCUCUCCAGCAGCACUGUGGUGAGAAGCAGUUUUCCCUGGUUUUUCUCCCAGACAAGUUUCCUGUUGACUCAUCAAAGAUGGUGUCCCCACUGGGAAAUAGGAAGCUCCUCUAGCCUCAGACCUCUGCACCUGCUGCUGCUCAUGCAGCGCUGCCAUCUCCUCCUACAUUCGAUUAAAAAUUGGAGCAACAAAGAUGACAUCUUGAAGCAAUGAACAUAUUGUUUUUAUUGUUAUUUUAAGUUUAAUAUAAUGGUGUUCCCAGACCAAAGGAAGCCUGUUAAUUCAUUUUACGUAUAAAUUUUCUCUGCAAAUAUUUUAGGUGGUUCCUUUGCCAUGGCCAUUCUGCAUAAGAGAAAUCUUUCAUCUGUGGUUUGAGAAAAGUUUUGAUAUUUUUAGUUCAGUUGAAGUCUACCUUAGUUCAGAUGAUUGAUUCUCACCCUGAAUUCAUUUCAUACCAUAAUGUGUGUCCAUGAAAUGUCCAUCUGGAAAGCAUCAUUUAUUGCUUUUUGUAACAAAUAUUUGUUUGUAUCAGUACCAUUUUCCGCAGGAUUUGUGACUUUCAGAGUAUGGGCAGGAGGACAUGGACCAUUCUCGUGGAAGCCUGCUCCUUGUCCUGCCUCCCCAGCACUGCCUGCUCCAUGGUGGAUCCUGCAAGGGCCGGGUGCAGGCUUAUGUUCUGGAGACCUUUCUUGAUUCCAUUGCUCUCUCUCUCUUUCAAAAUUGUAAAAUAACUCAAUUCCUCAAAGGCAAAA